AGUAGAUGACAUGUUAGUAGCUUCAAAAGACAUAACAGAAACUAACAGAUAGAAGUGAGUACAUUCAUGGAGAAAAACUAGUCGAAGCAUUAUCAACAAGGUAAGUGGGGAUUACUAAAAUGAGAUUCAGAAUCAGAAGCUAAGUUAGUCUAACAUUCACAAAAUAAUCAAAGUUUAAAGUUUAGAGGCUUUUGCGAGUCUGACUAUGCAACAUGCUUAGACCUAUAACUUUGAUAAUUUUCUCACUUGGUUGGUAGUAAUUGGUAAACUUUUGAGUUGGAUAUCAUCAAGUCUUGAACAAAUAGUAUCGAACUAGUUUAACAUUAAACCAAAAAAAAAAAAAAUUAUCGAACUAAUUGCGGUUCAAUUCUUGAUUUAAAUCUUCAGUUUUGUCACUUAAAAACUAAUCGGGUGUCUCGUAAAGAGAAUGUGUUAAGGAAAAGGUUGGCCCAAAACAGAGAAGAAGAUAAGAAGACCCAAAAUACACAUACAUACUUUGUUCUUCUUAUUCCUUGUUGUUUUUGCCAUUUUUUGUUCUUCUUCAACAACGAUGCGAUGCGGUUUUCCUUGUUAACUCCGAGUUCUUACCGAUUUUAUCAUCCAAAUCCGUUUCGAUCUCUAGAAUCGAUUCCUCCACUCUCGGUUACACCUCCUCGCGUCGAAUCUGGAUCUGUUUCUUCUUUCAAGAGAUAUGGAUGUAGUAGCGUGAGACAUAGCUCUGUCUCUGUUAAGGCAUUUGAUGAUGAUUCAUUUGAUUUCUAUUCCGGUGACAUCUUCACUGCUACAUAUGCAAUUUCGUCGAGUGAAGGCGAAGAGAGCGAUGGUGAUUAUGCUUUGAAUGUGGUUACCGAAACUACUGCACAGAAGCUAGGAAAGUUUCCUAGAGGUCGCAAAAAGCACAGAAUCAGAUAUGGGAUUAAUUUGGGGCUUCUUGCUUUUUUGUCACUGCUGCUUCUACUGAUGGACUCUUUUGCUUGGAAGAUUGUUAGACUGCCUUUGCCUCUAUAUUUCUUAAGCCUGCCCUUCUUCACAUCGGCGAUUCUAGUUACCUUAGCCGGUUAUAUUUUUGUACCGCUUCUAGACAGACUGAAAGUGCAUGAGCCAAUUAGGACACUAGGGCCAGUUCCACAUAACCGCAGACCCACAAUCCCGACAAUGGGUGGCUUGUUCUUUGUUCCAAUUGGUGUUGUUGUUGCAAUAGCCUUGACUAAAGUUUCGUCCAUCGAAGUCUUGGGAGCAGCAGCUGCAACUGUAGCAUUUGCAGCUAUUGGGCUAGUUGAUGACUCCUUAAGCCUCUACAGUGAGAAUAAUAAUGGUUUAUCUGCGAAGAUACAACUUCUUUUGGAGGCAGCUGUUGGGACUUGCUUUGCGUUUUGGUUGGAGACUGCAAGCAUAUCAUCUCCUUAUGGCAUGAAAAUGUUGGUUCCCUUGCCUUCACCAUUAGGUCUUGUUUACUUGGGAAAACUUUACCUAUUGUUGACAUCGUGUUACUUUGUUUCCAUGGGAAACUUAGUCAAAGCAACCGAUGGUCUCGAUGGAUUGGCGGGAGGUAUUGCUGCCUUGGCUUUCGUUGCAAUGGCAGUAGCAGUUCUUCCUAUUUGCUCUGAACUCUCUGUAUUUGGAGCUUCAAUGGCUGGAGCUUGUUUUGGGUUUCUGCUUCACAAUCGAUACAGAGCAUCAGUUUCCAUGGGAGAUACUGGAUCCUUGGCUCUAGGUGGAGCUUUGGCUGCAAUGGCUGCUUGCUCAGGAAUGUUCUUCCCAUUGUUCAUAUCGUCUGGUGUCGCAGUUUUGGAAGCUUCUUCUGUCAUUAUUCAGGUCGUGUUUUACUCGGCGACUAAGCAUUUAAAAGGAAAAGGGCGUCGGAUAUUCAAAACAGUACCAUUUCAUCAUCACCUCAGGCUAAGUGGUUUAAAGGAGCCAAUGAUAGUAACAAUGGCAUAUGUAAUAUCCUCUUUGCUCUCUCUUUCAGCAGCUUACAUAGGUCUUAUUUCUGCAUAAGCUUAUUUUCUUUUUGCUUCUCUCUGGCCACUUUUUGUUUAUUAAGUUAUUUUAAAUAGAGUAAUAUUUAUUA